GCGACAAUGGAGGGCGUGGCCAGGGCGAGAGGGACUGCCCCCUCCGACCGUCUAUAAAGCGCGCGGGGCAGCAGCGCGGCUCCUGCUGCAGCAGUUCUCCGAGCGCCUGCGGGAGAGGCUCAUUGACGUGGACGUUCCCCCGGGUGGGCCGUCGACCCUUGCUUAGCGCCGCUUCGCACGCUCGGUCCAGCGGCCAGGAAGAAAGGGAUCUCCCCGAGCUGAAGCCGGCCAUGUCUGAUCCAGCUCAGCAACCAGGGACGGGGCAAGAAGGGGAAGAAAAUGCUGGAGGCCCCCCUGGAGCGCCCCCAAAUUUGACCAGCAAUCGCCGCCUGCAACAGACCCAAGCGCAGGUGGAAGAAGUGGUGGAUAUUAUGCGUGUGAAUGUGGACAAAGUCUUGGAGCGAGACCAGAAGCUAUCGGAAUUAGAUGAAAGAGCAGAUGCGCUCCAAGCUGGUGCUCAAGUAUUCGAAAGCAGUGCAGCAGCGCUCAAGAGAAAGUAUUGGUGGAAGAACUGUAAGAUGAUGAUCAUGCUGGGAGUGAUCUGUGCCAUUGUGGUCAUCGCAAUUGCACCAUGCUGCGAAGGUGCUGACUCUGUUUGCAUGCUCACUGCCACGCACCAGCAUUUCAUUUGCAGAGCCCAUCUCCUUGAUCUCCCCCCACCUUCCUCCACCUCGGGGGGAUGCCUAGAGGAGAACAGGAACACCGAAGCUCUCCGCUGGUUUGGACAAACCUCUCCUGUCUCAGCGGAGCUGGGCUGGCGAAGCGCAACACACCUGAAGAGGAUCCGGGGUCCGUUUUGUUUUGUGAUGCUGCUGUCGCUUUGGGGAGGAAACACAGUAAGGUGUUUAAAGAGCCCUCUUGAUCUCUUCUGGACAAGAUCUUGGUUUUGAUCUGCUGCCGUCUGUAUUAAGAGGAAAGCCCUCCUGGCUGCUUUCUUUUGCUUGUCUGUUCUCAUGGAUGUUGUAUGUUUUGCGCCUCUCUCUCUCUCUCUGCCCCUGCCCCCUUUUUACCUCUCCACUUGCUCCAUCUCUUAAUGCAUGGGCAAAAAAGUUUACCCCCUCCCCUAGGCCCUCUGUGCCUAAAGCAAGGGAUGACUUUCUCUAUGCAGAGGACUUCAGCCGCUUUCUCACGCACGUGUGGUUUCUGUCUUUGUAAGGAACACAGCCGUAAUAUUUUCCCCCCUCUGGCAUGUGUCGAUACGCCAGCUCAUCUACUCUUUAAUCUCCGCCAACAAACACUCCUCUGCCGCCCAAAACGAGUCUGCGUCCUCUGCCCUGAGUGUUAGUGAGAAGGGGGUUGCUGCUUUUAAAGUGGGAAGGGAAGAAGAAGGCACAGUAGUACCUUGGUACUCGAAUGGCUUGGCUCCCAAAUGCCGCAAACCCGGAAGUAAGUGUUCCAGUUUGUGCACCUUUUCUGGAAGCCGAACGUCCGACAUGGCUUUCUCUUGAGUCCAGGAAGCUCCUGCAGCCAAUCGGAAGCUGUGCCUUGGUUUGCGAACGGCUUCGGGAGUCGAACGGACUCCCAGAGUGGAUUAAGUGCAAGAACCCAAGGUACCACUGUACUUAAAACCUAGGCCACAGCACCCCCUGGAAAUGUAUCCUAUCUUUAAGCUGUAGAUCGUAGGCGAGGAAUGUAGCACCUAGACAGGAGCAGGAGAUCUUGCAGGACUAGUUUACAGCACAGCCGGAUCUGCGUCCCUGUCUGCCUGCAGCAGCCAUGCUGUGGUCGUGGAGAUCCUUUGCUCAGUAGACUCUGGUCAAACCUGCACCCUGGUAGAAGGAACCCGCGUAUGCAACCUAGCUGGUGUUUGCGUGGCGCUCUCUCAUGCUUUUGCACUCGUGGGUGGAGCACAUUUGUCAAGAGGUUGGCCCCACAGCUGGCGUCGACUCUUCCAUCAUGAAGGGCUUAUGAGCAGCCCGCAGAGGCCGGAAGGCUUGGCUAUAGUGAGAAAUGGCCUAAGCUAGGGCAGCUCCUGACUUGGGACCUCAGAUAGCCAUACCGUGCUUUGUUCCUCCUUGUCCUGCCUUCCCUUAUCUUACUGGCAUAAUGCACCUUCUGUUUCCUUUGCAUAAACGAGCUAAAUUCACUGAAACCAUCGAUAUGAGCAGAAUAAAGUGUGUCAAGAUAAACCAAAUAACCUGCCGUGUCAUUUUCCUAGUCUGGUUCUCUUUCUGGAAGUCAAGUCUUGUAGAACGACCGCCUGAGAUGCUGCAGUUGAGAGUCUAGUCUGGGCUUUGCUAUUCAGACCUAUCUAGAUGCUGCAUUGGGGGGGGGGGGCAGAAUCAGCGGUGGUCCCUCACUCUAUGAAAAAUGAAGUGACAUGUAGUAGGAGGCCAAUCUGCAUCUCCUCCAUAAGACGAGAGGAGACCUAAACACAACGUUUAUGCUCUCAGGAACCCAGAGUCCUGGGUUCCUUACACACCCACUUCAUGGGUGCAAGUGUAACUCGAAGUAGUGGGAGAAGCUCCAUUUGCACUACAUAAUUGGUAACUUUAAUUUUUGUACCAUUUCUGUUCAAAGAAGAAAACGUGUAUCCGGGCUGUUGCAGAAGGAAAUGAGAAAAGCACUCCAGGGAUGUUAUGCCACAACUCAUGCCAUUGCUACCCUUGUAGUAUGUUGACCACGUCUGGCAGACAUCUAGCUUCCAUCAUCCUUGGCCAUUGGGCCUUCCUGCGUAGGGGUUGAAAGGAGUUGUCAAAUGACACUUAGAGGCUUCAUCAGUGCUGGUGCUGCUGAUGAGAUGGAAAUCUUACAUGAAGGUCCUACAUAGCAGGCAUGCAACACAAAUGUAUACAUUUGAGGGUACAAAAAUCUGGUCAAUGCAGUUGUUACCUUGGUUGACGAACCCCUUGCGAGUCAAACGUUUUGGCUCCCGACGCCGCAACCCCGGAAAUUAGUGUUCCGGUUUGCAAAUGUUCUUUGGAAUCUGAACAUCUGGCGUGGCUUCCGAUUGGCUGCAGAUGUUUGGGACUACAAUUCCCAUCAUCCCUCAACACUGGUCCUGUUAGCUAGGGAUGAUGGGAAUAGUAGUCCCAAACAUCUGGAGGGCCAGAGUUUGCCUAUGCCUGCUCUAAAACAUCCUUUUAAACUCCGGGGGUGGGUAGUGUGCAACAAAUGUA